ACGUCGUGACAUCGAGCGAAAAAACUCCCCCGCCCGGAACGACGAAAGGUCUGUUUUUUUUUAAAAGUCGUGUGAGAGAGCGCCACGCUGCGUGAUCGUGAUUAUGUCAAAGUUCAUACCGAGGAAAAGUUUUUCGCCGGGGAGGAUUUCUUAAGCCUGGCUCUGAGAUUUUGCCCACCUUUUGGCUGCAACAUUUGUGUCGUCCACCCACCUUUCAGCUACUAUUGCACAAAGUGAACGUUGAUAUGCCACAUCAGUGAUGGAGCCCAUGACGGUUACUACGUCGGUGGCGGGACCGGAUGAGUUUGACCGCAACGUCCCGCGGAUAUGUGGGGUGUGUGGCGACAAGGCCACCGGCUUCCACUUCAACGCCAUGACCUGUGAGGGCUGCAAGGGCUUCUUCAGGCGUAGUAUGAAGCGUAAAGCCUCCUUCACCUGCCCGUUCAACGGAAGCUGCACCAUCACCAAAGACAACCGCCGUCACUGCCAGGCCUGUCGCCUCAAGCGCUGCGUUGACAUCGGCAUGAUGAAAGAGUUCAUCCUCACAGAUGAAGAGGUCCAAAGGAAGAAGGACAUGAUAAUGAAGAGGAAGGAGGAGGAGGCGGCCAAGGAAGCGUCGAGGCCUCGGCUCAAUGACGAGCAGGCCCAGAUCAUCACUUCCCUGGUGGACGCUCACCACAAGACCUACGAUGCCUCCUAUGCGGACUUCUCACGCUUUAGGCCUCCAGUGCGUGAAGGUCCAGUUACACGCAGUGCCAGCAGAGCCGCCUCCCUUCACUCCCUGUCUGACGCCUCCUCAGACUCCUUCAACCACUCGCCUGAGUCGGUGGACACCAAGAUGAACUUCAGCAACCUGCUGAUGAUGUACCAGGACGGCGCCAGCAGUCCGGACUCCAGCGAGGAGGACACCAAGCUGUCCAUGCUGCCCCACCUGGCCGACCUGGUGUCCUACAGCAUCCAGAAGGUCAUUGGGUUCGCCAAGAUGAUCCCGGGCUUCAGAGAACUGACGGCAGAAGACCAGAUAGCUCUGUUGAAGUCGAGCGCCAUCGAGAUCAUCAUGCUGCGUUCUAAUCAGUCCUUCAGCCUGGAGGACAUGUCCUGGAGCUGCGGGGGACCUGACUUUAAGUACUGCAUCAACGACGUCACAAAGGCCGGUCACACUCUGGAGCUGCUGGAGCCGCUGGUCAAGUUCCAGGUGGGCCUGAAGAAGCUGAGUCUGCAUGAGGAGGAACACGUCCUGCUCAUGGCCAUCUGCCUGCUCUCCCCAGACCGCCCCGGCGUGCAGGACCACGCCCGCAUCGAGCAGCUCCAGGACCACAUGUCGGAGACCCUGCAGGCCUACAUCCGAGUCAACCACCCGGGGGGACGCCUCCUCUAUGCCAAGAUGAUCCAGAAGCUGGCCGACCUGCGCAGCCUCAACGAGGAGCACUCCAAGCAGUACCGCUCGCUCUCCUUCCAGCCCGAGCACAGCAUGCAGCUCACCCCGCUGGUGCUGGAGGUGUUCGGCAGCGAGGUGUCGUAGCAGAAGGCCUCCGCCGCCAGACACCCCCCCCCAUCCCCGGAAAAACCCCAUCAUGUGCCACCAUCCUCCGCCUCCUUCUGGGAUGGAUGAUGGAUGGAUGUGACUUCCCCCGCAUCCUUAUUGGUUAGUAUCCGCUUUCAUGCAAACUGGCUGGGAGGGAAAAGGUCUCUUUAACGAGCUGGACGAGGACGGGUGGGAAAAGGAGAGCGUCACUAGGGUUGUAAUUCCUUGCUCUCCGGGACAAAAGGGAAUAUUGCAGGAAUGUAUGUUUAAUGACAUGUAUAAGCUGAACUAUAAGAAGAUAUAUUCUAUAAAAAAAAAAUAUAUAUAUAUAUAAAUAUAUAUAUAUUUAAGAGAGGGUUGAGAGGAAGUGUAGAGAGCAGAGAAUUCGAAGGCUGCUGUGAGUCGUCUUUGAAUGCUGAGAAGUGUGUGAGGAGUCCUUGUGUUUCUAUGUGUGUGUGAGUGUGUGUUUGUACAAUGUAACGACAAUUGGACCACAAGGGGAGUGUGAGGCCUCGGCGCAGGGAAGGAAAGAACUUCUCUCUUUUUUUUUUUUCACCUCUUUGUCGUUUUUCCCCCGGACCUGUGAAGCUCGUAGACAUCGCGGUUUUUUUUUCUGUCGGAUGGCGACUCUCCGGGCCGUAUUUGUCGGGCUGCUAAAAGACCACGGCGACAAAACCCGAGUUCGCUCGCCGUUGUUGUUGUUACCUCAGGGAAAAAGAAGAAGAAGAAGAAAAAAAAACCCAAGUUUGUCCGGUGACGAUUGACGGUCCACGGCGUGCAAGCUAAAUACAAUCAGACGACGCUCGAUUGUUUUCCAAGCUCACUGUGAUUUCACGAAGAACAGUCGACGUAAGCUAGUAAUCAGAGAGCGCGUGCAUGAACCAAAGCUGUCACUUUUUAAAUGGGUUUUUAUCUCCAGCAGCAAUGUUGGGAGCUUAAUGCAUGCUGUAAAAAAAAAAAAAAAAAAAGGAGUUGAUUACAAAUAUACAGGUAAA